AGAUAACUUGCAAUAAACUAAAGAAUGGUUUCCGUUCUGGCCAGGGCUGCCGCCAAAAAUCCAGGGUUCUAGAACACUAGCCGGUGCUGCUCAGCCGUCAUCCUAAUCACCGCCGCCUUCACUCAGGUCCGUCUACACAAACGCAUCUCCAUUCAACAAACACGGCACCACUCACCUUUCCGGCCAUAUUGCCGCCGCCAUUCCUGAUCUCUAUUAGGGUGUUAUUCCUAGUAAUGGCUACUGAUGGUUUCAAACGAUCAUCGAUAGCCCCACCUCCACGAAGUCUCAAUGUUGAGAAAUUUGCAGAAUCCCGAGCUUCUGAACUUGAGGCUCUUCACUCAAUUGUGGCAAAUCGGCUGAACAACAAUUUCCGGUCUCAGAGAAACAAGAGAAGAAGGACCACUGGGCAUGAUAACAGAGAUGCAAACAAGAGAUUCAGAAAGAGGGAGAAAAUAAGGGUGGUUGAUAAAGGCAAUGUUGUGGCUUUGGAGAAAGAUGAGAAGAAAGUUCCUCGUCGCAUUCGUCGGCGAGUUGAACUGAGAAGAAACAUCGAACAUGGUUACUCUACUUCUGGGGAUGGUACCAAGAGGCUGAGAACCCAUGUUUGGCAUGCAAAGCGCUUUACAAUGACAAAGCUUUGGGGUUUCUACCUACCUGUGGGUUUGCAAGGCAGAGGAAGGGGUUCAAGGGCUCUCUUAAAGUGGUUCAGACAUGGAGCUCUUGUACAUGAUGCUUGCUACCACAUUGCCCUGCAAUUGGAGGGUCCAGAGGAUUCGUUACUUUCAAUUCUAAGCAUGGUAUUAGUGCCUUCUCCAUCAGCUCACUCUGAGGAUAUUUCCCGUUCUGUGCUUUCUGGAGCUGCCUAUGGAAGGGCUAUGCUUCAUCAUGUUGGAGCACCAGGUUCUAAAUCAAUUGCCCCUGUAACCUAUAUGUGGAGACCCAUAGAGAAAAAGGAUAUUGGUAUUGGAGCAGAACAUGAUGUUGAUUCUGUUAACAGCACACAGACAUAUGAGUGUUGUUCUUCCUUCCGCCAGCUAUGGGUGUGGAUGCAUGCCUCAGCUUUCAAUGAGGGAUAUGAUGCUCUGAAAUUUGCUUGUCAAAAACUGAUGGAUGAAACUGGCAUCUUGAUUAAUUGUUUUUCCCUUGAGGGCCAACUUGCUAAAUUGGAAGUAAUGGGAUCAAAGGCAUUUGGACUUCUUCGAAAGAUACUGCAUCCUAUUACUUGUAAAACUUUGAAAUCCUGGCAACUGACUAAGUGCUCUAGCCUUGACCAUGAAGAUCAGAUUCCUUCUUGUGCAAUUCUAUCUCUUACAGUUGAUGAUCCACGCAAUUUGCCUGAGAAAAAGACUGCAGUUGUUCCAGAAGUGGCAUCUAAUAGGGUGCUUGGUGAUGCAUCAGAGAAUGAAGCUAAGGAAAAUACUUCUUUAGAAGGAAAUCAGGACUUGGAUUUGUGGGAUGCUAGGAAUGGGUUCAGUCCUCCAGUGGAAGAGAAUGUUCUUUGCAUGGAAAAGCAUCACCAGCGUCUGGCUUUCUUCUGUCUCAGUGACUCACAGUCUGGGAUAUUGAAUACUUCUAGUGAUGCGCAGCAUGGAUCAUGCCCAAUUCUUCUUUUAAAAAGUAAUAAUCAAAAGGGCAUGAUUGGGUGGUCCAUUAUACUUCCAUUAAGUUGGGUCAAGGCCUUCUGGAUUCCUCUUGUCUCCAAUGGGGCUCACGCCAUAGGCUUGAGAGAGAAGCACUGGAUUGCAUGUGAAGUUGAAUUGCCAUAUUUUCCUUCAGAUUUCCCUGAUACCAAUGCAUACUCAUCUUUCAAGGCAACUGAAGCAACUACAUCUGAUGAAAAGGCAAAACUUCGUCCUCCUCCCAUGCAAGCUUUAAGAGUUCCCAUUCCACCUCCAUGGGUUAGUGUCCGGUCGGCUUUUGAUAAAGAAUCCACUAUUCUGGGAGACACUCAUCCUUGUGAGGAAACAUGUACCCGAGAUGUGGCAAAUAGUGAUUUGUUAACAAACUCAAACAAAGGAAGUUGUGAUAUAUCACUUAAGAAUCAAAAUAUCUCAUUUGAAGGAUUUGUAUCAAGGACAUCCCAUAUGUUGAGUUACUACUUGAAUGAAAUCCAUGGUAACCAUUUGCUUCUAUUUCCUAAGUUUCCUGAUAAGAAGAGUUUUUCUGAACUCAUGAUAGAUGAAGCCAAGCUUAGCCGGAACCUUAAUGGGGCUAGCCCAAUUAAUUCUGAACGAAAUUUAUGUUUCCUAAGAGUUCUUCUCCAUGCUUAUAAAGAAGGUUCCUUUGAAGAGGGAGCAGUUGUGUGUGCCCCGCAUCUUUCUGAUAUAUCAAUGUGGACUUCCAGGUCCAGAAGUACCGAGACAGGACUUCAAAUACCUCAGUCCUCUGUGAGAUCAUACUUUAAAGAGCAAUCUUCUGGUAAGUGGGAACUCCAAAUACCAGAGGACACUGUUACCAGGGAAUCUAAUCGUCAGCCAAUUGGAUUUGUCACAACUGGUUUUGUACGAGGAAGCAAGAAGCUGAAGGCAGAGGCUCUUUGUGAAGCAAUCUUACUUGCUCGUCUUAGAGAGGAGCAGUGGAAUGAGAUGCCCAUGAAGGAAAGGAGAAAGGAGAUAUAUGUCCUGGUUAGGAAUCUUAGAUCUACAGCAUAUAGACUUGCUCUUGCCACCAUUAUCCUAGAACAACAGGAAGAAGAUGUGGAGUUCAUGUGACCUGCUGUAUGCUCCUCAUGGGAAAAAGAGCACACUGGACAUAUCCAUCUGAAUGCCGGAUAAAAAUACAUAUAAUUAAAAAAUUCUCUGUAAGUUGUUAUCAUGGAAGCUCAUGAUUCUCCUUGGCUGGAGGGAAAAGAACAUCGGAUUUUAUGUGCAAGGUGGUUAUCACAAUCAAGAAAGGGUUACUUAACAUCAUCCAAGAAAGGAUCAUCGGAUAAUCGCCUUACCUUGUCAAGUUUCAAUUUAGGCCCUCUAUUAUUUAAGGUCAAACUUUGUCUCCCAGUUCUCACAACCCCAUCCUCAAAUAAGGUACACUUCUAUGCUCUAGCUUCAAGCCUACUGUUACUGCAGUUCAUUUUGAAUCCGAGAUUGACUAUCCAACUAUCACUCUUAUCAUUAUCUCCUUCCAAAGAACGUGAAGUUCCCCUCAACAUUAUCUGAACUUGUCUUUAAUUUCUAAAACUUCUCCCCAAUUUCUUCAUGGGCAAAGUAUCCUCAUUACUUUUUUGAAUUCCAAGGUCUCUCACAGUCAUCAUAUGGCCUCACCAAACUAGAUGGUAAUGCAUCCAUUCAAAUUCCUGUGUCUGCUUGAUUGCUGAGAAAUUAAAAGAGGAAUCUCCCUUCGGUUGUUGGAUCAAUGCUUUCUCUAAACGUGUCGAUGGACUCGAUACCAUGGUGUUUUGUAAUUAUUACCAUGCCCUCCGGACUGCUGAUAAAGCUCAGUAUGUUAGUCGAUUUGAAGGGGGAAUGGAGAUCGCUUUCCUCAUAUUUGGAUUAAUCAAAUGAUACGAAGAGUUAAGAGUGCC